AUGGGUCAUCACUGUUGCAGCAAACAGAAAAUUAAGAGAGGGCUGUGGUCUCCUGAAGAAGAUGAGAAGCUGAUCAGACACAUCACCAACCAUGGCCAUGGCUGUUGGAGUUCUAUUCCAAAACUAGCAGGUAUUGUACGCUGUUGUCUUUCUAUUCUCAUCAUGCUCUUGUUUAUCUUGUUAAUGCUUGAAAUGGUCCUUGACUCUGAGAUUGCAGACCUGCAAAGGUGUGGAAAGAGUUGUAGAUUAAGGUGGAUAAAUUACCUGAGGCCAGAUCUCAAAAGGGGUUCUUUUACGGAACAAGAGGAGAGAACCAUCAUUGAUGUUCAUAGGAUUCUCGGUAACAGAUGGGCUCAGAUAGCCAAACACCUACCUGGUAGGACAGACAAUGAAGUGAAGAACUUUUGGAACUCAUGCAUUAAAAAAAAGCUUAUUGCUCAAGGGUUAGAUCCCAACACUCACAAUCUCCUCUCCCCUAACCAAAAUUGCAAUACUAAUAAUCAAGCAGGUAAAUUGUCUCACAUCCAUGAACGACCCUCCUCACUAUUCUCUGUAAGUUCUUCACAAGCCAAAGAUGUUUUCUUGAGUGCGAAAGCGCAUAUUCGAACACUACCUCCAAUUUCACAUGCUGGUAAUAAUCCUUCAAAUUCUACCUCCUUGAAUGAAAGUUCAAUCCUUCCAACCUUUGAACAUGGAAACCCUAACUUUUCUUGGAAUGUUAGAACUCAAAGCCAGCCUUCUGUGAUGGAGAUAUCUAGUGGUUAUUCAAUGGAAAGUACUCCCAUGUCAUCUUCUUCCUUAACUCCAUCUGGGUUUGGGGUUCUAAAUGAGAAUAGCACGUGGGGUGCUAGUGCUUUUGAACCCUUCGAAACCGCAAGACAAUUAGAAAUGCAGCUACAACAGCAAGAACCGGCACAGGUGAAACAGGCUUGUGAAGGGCAAGCGCAAAUUUAUAAAUCCAAUGAUUUGAUCGGUGAGCAGAACGUGGAUAAUUCAUUUGACACCUCUAACUUUGACUUUGAGUUUAUGGAUGCUGCACUUUUCCCUUGUGGAAUGUAUGGUGAUGUCAAUAAUAUUGAUCAACUUGCAUGGGAUUGA